AUGUUGAGGGAGAUUGACAGCUUGGAAGUGGCUGUCAUCGUGACAGACGAGUUGGACCCUAUUUCACCUUCCCCGAAUCCCGAUAUCCAACAUCCUAGCCAUACCUUGGGCAUUCCUGUUUCUCCUAUUGAACUUCCUCAAACACGCGGAGGUGCAGAGGUUGAGAUGAAGAUGAGCAGCAUAUGCUGCGCUGCUCAUGGUCUCAGUCUCAUGAUUACUGCGAAGUGUGGUGAAAGUACGAAAACCUUGCUUUUUGACGCAGGACCUGAAGGGGAAGUGUGGGACAGAAAUGCCAGGAGAAUGAACGCGAGAAUUGGCCACAUAGACCAUAUUGUGUUGUCCCAUUAUCACAGAGACCACUCAGGUGGCUUAUUGCGGGCCAUCGACAUGGUCAAGGGGAGCAAUACCCUUGGUUCUGAUCAGCUUAUUGUUGAUAUGCAUUCAGAUCGUCCUGAAUACCGCGGCAUCGAGACUCCUCAAGGCCCUAUUUCUCUCGAAGCAGACCCUACGUUCUCUGACGUGGAGCAGGCAGGUGCUCAAGUCCUACUAUCACGAGAUGCACAUUCCAUUCUCGAUGACAUGUUCGUGGUUUCAGGCGAAAUUCCUAGACAGACAACGUAUGAAACUGGAAUUCCUCGGGGUCUGAGAUUCGUUCCAUCGUCUGAAGGAGACAAUGGGGGUUCAUGGAUAAAGGAUGAACAAAUUUUGGAGGAGAGAUACGUUAUGUGUAACGUUAGAGACAAGGAACUCGUCGUCUUCACCGGCUGUGGCCAUGCCGGUGUAAUCAGCACCACUCGCGAUGCUCAACGUCUUAGCGGGGUGCAAACUGUCUAUUGCAUCUCUGGCGGUUAUCACAUGUUCGAUGCAAGCCCUGGGAAGCUGCAGAGAACGGUGGAGGAUAUGGUGAAGUUGUCACCGCGUAUCUUGCAUGGAGGCCAUUGCACUGGCUGGAAGUUUAAGACGGAAAUUGAGAAGAUCGACCCAGGGACCGUGGCGCCUUGCACAGUUGGUGUGACCUAUACAUUAUAA